AUGACAUUCUUCACGUCUGAAGAUCUUAAAAUUGCAUUUAAUUUUUUCUGUACCGUAUAUGGAAUUGGAACUCUCGGUGUCCCAUCAAAUUUUGCUCGUUCAGGUCUUCCAUUUGCUACAAUUGCUCUGAUCUUUAUGGCAUUUGCAAAUAUUUGUUCUUGUGUUGCGAUAUCACGUGUCAUGUUAGCUGCUCCAUCAAAUGUCAAGACUUAUGGUGAUGUUGGUGAAUGGUGUUGUGGUAAAAUUGGACGAUAUCUUGUUGUAUUUGUUCAAUUUGGUGUAUGUUGUUUAGUACCUUGUGCUUUUUUAGUACUUGGUGGAAUUUUACUUGAUGGAAUCUCUCCAAAUGCAUUUGAUCAGCAAUAUUGGAGUAUUCUCAUGGCUGUUAUGCUUUUACCUGUUAUUUUAACUCCAACACUUAAAGAAGGAGCAAGUGCAGCUUUUGCUGGAUGUCUUGGUACACUUCUUGCUGAUGCUAUUUCACUUGGAAUAUUAUUGAAUGGUAUUGGAUCAGAUCAUCCAAAUAUUAUUGAUCCUGAGUAUGAUCUUGGUCAAGUUUUAAGUUCAUUUGGAAAUUUAGCACUUGCAUAUUCUGCUGCUGUACUUGUACCUGCUUUACAACGAGAACAUUCUGAACCAGAACGUAUGCCACGUGUUGUUGCUACUACAAUGACAUUUACAGCAUGUCUUUUUCUUCUUAUUGGUACAACAUCAUAUAUCUCGGUUGGAUGUCAAAUUCCAGGGAAUCUUCUCUUUGCAAUUAAUGGUACAGCACUUGAUUUAAAUGCAGAUCGUGGUGCUGUUGUACUUGCUUAUAUGUUUAUGCAAUUACACAUUACCAUUGCGUUUUCAGUGAUUUUAAAUCCUGUUCUUUAUAUUGCUGAACGUGGAAUUCUUGGAAUGCAUCAACCUUCACCAUCUCGUCAAAUUGAUGAAGAAUCACCAGCAUUUAUCAACACAAUCAAUUCAUUAUCACAUCCAAAGGAACGUCCAUCGAAUGUAUCAGCUGAGUAUCAAAUGUCACCACAAGAUUUGAUUGAUGAAUAUCAAAAUUGUGGUCCCAUUAUGAUUGCUAAGUAUACAAUUCUUCGAAUAAUUAUUGUGGUGAUUCUUUUGAUUAUUGCAAUAAUUUUUAAAGAUCAUUUUGUUGAUUUUACGGAUUUUGUGGGAGCUUGGGCUGUUUCAAUGGCGUGUAUUAUUUUACCAAUUUUCUUCUAUCUCAAAGCAUUUUGGAACUUUAUUCCAUUGUAUGAAAAGAUACUUGGAAGUCUUUUGAUUCUCGUCUGUGCUGGACUUGGUUGUUAUGUCACUUAUACAACUGGCGAGAAGUUAUUCUUGAAUAUUGUGAGUGACAAGACUUUUCAAUAUUGUCCUUCAGGUUAUGACAUGGUUGUGUAUACCAAUGCCACUUUUUACGGUAAUACUUAA